CCCCCUUAAUGUUUAUAGUUAGAGGUAUUAUGCCCCUCAUUGGGAGUGUUUGUUGGUAGUGUUUACAGUUGAGUUGUUAUUUAUGAUUGCCCUCUCGUUGGAGACUGGCUGGUGGUAAGGUAACACUGCCACCAGCUGCCAAUGUUACCUUAUUACCUACAUCCCUAUAUGGUGACCCUCACUUGCCAUGCCAGCCGUUUUAAAACUGCACAACCAUCAUAUAAUGGGCCAAUGUUUUACAGUCGAAAUUUCGAUAUCAAUUUUAGAGUCACUUUGUGGAAGAGUAUGACCCUACAAUUGAAGACUCGUAUCGGAAACAGUGUGUCAUUGAUGAUGAGGUUGCCGUGCUCGACAUCCUGGAUACCGCUGGACAGGAAGAGUUCAGUGCCAUGAGAGAACAGUACAUGCAUACAGGAGAGGGAUUUCUAUUAGUAUAUUCCAUCAUCGACAGAAAUAGCUUCGAAGAAAUCCCGAAAUUCUACCGGCAAAUACUCAGGGUGAAGGACAGGCCUGAAUUUCCGAUGGUACUGGUGGCAAACAAGGCAGAUCUAGAGGGAGAGAGAGUCGUGUCCGGACCAGACGGAGAAGGACUUGCUGCAGAACUAAAGAUCAAAUAUGUGGAGACGAGUGCAAAACACCGUAUCCAUGUCGACAAGGCAUUCCACGACCUCGUCCGCGUAAUUCGACAGGCUCAGAAACCGACGCCCGUCAAAACAAAGAAGAAGAAAAAAACUUGUAAUAUCCUCUAAAUUUUGAUCACCCCUCGUGCACUAGAGAACUUAUUUUAAUUAGAAUACAUUGUUUUCAUUCUUUCACUAUUAUUAUCCUAUAGUCCUAAUCCUAUAAUUUUUUUGUUAUAGGCUUGAGUCUUGCACAAGUAAUUUUUGUGUCGCCCACAUGCACAUGCAUUCACAAAUUACACUUUUUUUGAGCAGCUUUCACAGAUAUUUUGAGCAGUCAGUGAAUUGUCGAUUUCUUAUUUUUCCGUCUCUGAAGAGUAGAAAUUUUUUUAAAAAUAUCUUUUUGUGUUGGGUGUGUAUUAACAAUAUUGUGUGAAUGUAAAAAGUAAAGUCUAUAGUCUUUUUCUAAGAACGAUUAAAGCGACAGCUAUCCCAGCUGCUGCUGUCAGUAAAACUGCCGAUAUUUUGACUAAUUUCCAUUCCCAUUCUGUCAUACGUCCAUCCCCUGAUUCUCUCAGUCCGUAAUCGGCAUAGCUACCUUCCGAUGAAUCUGUUACCGAGCGUUGAACUGGAAUCGGAUAUGGCUCGUUGUUGGUGGGUGUGGUCUUUUGGUUGUCAUGGAUACCACUACCGGGUUCCACAGUGGGUGGAUUAUCAGUGGGCAAUGCUGCUGUCUGGUGGUUGUCGUGGAAACCGCCACCGUUUUGUUGCACAGUAGGCGGAGACUUGGAGGAUUGAUUAGAAUGUGUGUCGUUAGGAGUGGGUGUGGUUACAAUUUGACCACCCCCACCAGCAAUCUUCCUAUCUUCACUCCUACUUCUCGACGCCCUAGAUACGAGUCCGGAAGGUCUGGAAGAAGUUUCCUCAAACUUUGCUCUGCUGGUGAGUGGGGAAGAGGGUACCGGUGAUGCUGGGUCGCCAACCAGUCUUAUUGAAGAAGACGAUUGUCGUCUGUAGUCAGAGGACGAUGUAGUCGAAGACACCGAGGUUGCUUGGCUACUGGUGCUGUCGAGUGGGCGUGGCCUCUUUCUCAUUGAUGGGAGAGUGAAGACGGAGGGGGAGGAGGGACUGCCGCUGGAACGGUCUGCGGACAUGCGUUUCCUCGGGGAUGGAAUGGAGACGGGUGACGUUGGACUCAGAAUGGAACUGCAGAUGGAGGGGAGGGAAGAGACCCGACUCAGCGAUGCUCUAUUCAGGGAAAAUUCAGUCUCCAUGUCACCAGAGUCACUGGUGGUCGAGAAGAGAACCUCUACACUGAUGACUCGACGGAGACCACGCCCAAUGGGCGGAGUUAUCUCCUGGACGGGCCAGAGGAAUAGCUGUGAGCCCAUUUCCAUCCCCGGGACAGUGGGAGGAGCUUCUUGGGGGUGUGGUCUGUCGUCAUGGUCACAAACCUGUCUUUCAACAACACCCCCAACAUCCUGAAAACACCAACUAUGAA